UCCACCGGUCAUCCUUGGUGCGUGAUUCGUUACAUCCCCCUACCGCGAUAAAGUGGAAAGUGGUUGCUCGUUUUCGACUUUUCGACCCUUUCGAUCCAUCUUCGUCCUUUUCUUCUUCUUCUUCUUCUUCUUCUUCUUCGCCGUUGGGAAAGUAACAAGAAGGGGUUGGUGGAGGGGGAGGUGGUGCGAGACGGGAAGAAGGUGAAGUGCGUUGAAGGAAGAAGUGGUGUUCGCGUGUGCCUUCCAACAAGGAUAAACGGGAAGAGUAGUAGCAAAAGUGUGCUUCCCCGGUUUAUACAGUUUUCUUUCUCUCCCCCUUUUCUCCCCUUCGAUUCGACGAGGAAGCGGAUUCGGAAAAUCGUGAAGAAGGAGAGAAAGAAUAUGCGGAGGAGGAGGUUGACGGCGAUCGAGAUUGUCGCGGGUGGGAAUAGUUGUUGAUAAACAAGCAAGAAGUGGAGAGAGUGUCGGUGGUUGAUUAACUGUCGGGUGCAACGACAGCGCCGAUCCGAAUUUUCCUUUUGCUCCUGAUGUCCUGAUAAUCGAUAAGCGUGUGGUAUAGGUGGUGUAGAGAGGACCGCCUAGGCCGGCAGCGAUCGGCCUUAUCGACGCCGAGAGAAUUUCGUCUUCGCCGAGGGACAUCCUCGAAUAAAUGUUGAGAAAAGCCAACGUGUUUCAUCCCUCGACGCGAGGUCAUCCGAGGCUCCCGAGUGUCCAAAGAGUCGUCGGGAUGCCGAUCUCCCUGAGAAAUCAUAGGAUCACGUAAAACCUGGACCCGGUAAUCGGUCUACCGAGAGAUCAUCCCCCCCGUCCCGCCCCCUCCCGCCCCGUUGCGGGGGAUCGACGUAAUCAGUCGCGUCAGCACAAUUUAGGAACGAAGGAACUCGUCGCCGAGAGCGGUGUAGCACUUUCGUCGAUUCGCGGCUCGCGAACCGAUGCACCAAAAAGGCUGAAGGAUGGAGGCUAGCGAGUGGGAUCACGCGACCUUGAGAGAAGAGGAAUUCGAGCAGCAUGCGGUAUAUUUGGUACCGGAUGUGUCGGCAUCGCCUGGCGAUACCAAUCGUGCGGAGGCAUCCCUGCCAAGAAAUUUGGUCCUCAAACCUUCUCAGGCCCUCAACGAUGUUUUGGGCGUGUGGAGCACGAGUUACAUACCCAAGGGGACACGGUUCGGUCCCCUCGUGGGCCAUGUGUACACCAAGGACUCGGUGCCGGCCGAUGCGAACCGGAAGUACUUCUGGAGGGUGUACAAAAACAACGAGCUGUUCUACUACAUCGACGGUUAUGACGUCCAGAAAUCAAAUUGGAUGCGUUACGUAAACCCGGCUUAUUCGUCCGAAUCGCAGAACCUAAUAGCAUGCCAGUAUAAGAUGAACAUUUAUUUUUACACGAUCAAGCCGAUACUACCGAAUCAAGAGCUUCUGGUGUGGUAUUGCAGGGAGUUCGCGGAAAGGCUCAAUUACCCGUUGACGGGUGAACUAAUGCUUCAAAGAAUACGACAACAAGUACAACAAUCCGCGUUGCCGACGGAAAUCCCAGCGACCGUCGAUGUGGUGUCACCCCUGAAGGACUCGUCGAUUUACGAGAGACGGUCGCAAAUGACCCCGACGGACGGUUCGGUGAGGUCGGACGAGGGCUACCAUUCGAACGGUUAUCACGACGAGAUCCUCACCCCGCCGGAGGAGAGCAGCGAGUCGGACUCGGAGAACAAUUACGUGCUGGAUUUCAGCAAGAACGCGAAAACGUCGGUGUGCAGCAACGAGGUGGUGAAGCAGGACAAUGCGGCCGCGAAGAACGAGUACAGGAAGGUUAAGAUCAAGAUCACGAAGACGUACGGCAACUUUCAAACGUCGAAGAGUCUGGAUGGAAACGGGAAGGACAAGGAUCAGGAGUUGGCCAGCAGGGCGGUGACCCCGGAACUGCAGAAACCCGUGUCGCCCAUAAUUCUUCAGAAGAGCGUGGUCCUGGCCGCGGCCACCGAGGACGAGAUGAGGCUGGAGGCAGCGACGAGCAGUCAUCAAUUGCCGACCUCGUCCACGAUGCAGAUCGACGGCAAUCAGACGUUGAUAGCCGGCACGCACAAUCUUCACCUGGGCCAUCACCCGGGCCUCACCAUCCACGCCAACUCCUCGUCCUCCCUCAACCGUUACUCGCCCGCCAGCUCCUUGUCCCCGGACGAUCACGGCUGCUCGCAGAGCGGCUCGCUGAGUCCGAACUCGCAAGGGUCGAGGGGUUACAGGUCGUUGCCGUACCCGUUGAAGAAGAAGGACGGCAAGAUGCAUUACGAGUGCAACGUGUGUUGCAAGACGUUCGGCCAACUGUCGAAUCUCAAGGUACAUCUGAGGACCCAUUCCGGCGAGAGGCCGUUCAAGUGUAACGUUUGCACCAAGAGUUUCACGCAGCUGGCCCAUCUGCAGAAGCAUCAUCUCGUCCACACCGGUGAAAAGCCGCACCAAUGCGAGAUCUGCAAGAAGAGGUUCAGCUCGACCUCGAACCUCAAGACCCAUCUGAGACUGCAUUCCGGCCAAAAGCCCUACGCCUGUGACCUGUGCCCCGCCAAAUUCACCCAGUUCGUUCACUUGAAGUUGCACAAGAGGUUACACACGAACGAAAGGCCUUACACCUGCCAAGGUUGCGACAAGAAGUACAUCAGCGCGAGCGGACUUAGGACGCAUUGGAAGACGACCAGUUGCAGGCCGAACAAUAUCGAGGAUGAGCUCGCCCUUGCCGCGGCCGUUGGCUCGCCGACGUAUUACGAGUACGGCCCGGAUAUGAACGUCGGAAAUAUGCCGAAGGAAUGCGAAUUGGAGCACAUCGAUAAUUACGAGAGGCACGGAUCCACUCACGGCCCGCACUCCACGUCUCUCCACAACUUGGAGAAUUCCGUGGGGCGGCCAAGCGUCAUAGAGACCUCCCAGCCUCAUAUAAUCGAGUGCACCUAAAAAUGGGGGUAUGAGCCCUUUCGCUCAAACGCAAAAUCCAGCCGUGGAAUAGUAAACGAGUUGCUCACGACAAACGAAAACGAUGUUACCCUCGUGAGAUGGCAGUGAGAGCCAUACUCACGAUUCCACGAUUCCCUUCGAAAUGGGAAAAUCGGAGGAAAAUGUUUUUCGAAAAUGUGCUUUUCCUUCGUUUCACUCGUCGCGUGAGAAAAGCAGCGUGUAAGAGAAGAAACGUGUGCACAGAGAUGAUCGUCGUGACGCGAUCGAAAAUGUGAGUGAGAUUACGUGCAACAAAUCAUUCGAAAUUGUUGAAGGGAAAAAGGAGAAAAAAAAAAAAAAAGAAAAAGAAAGAAACUGUUGUUGCUUGGUUAUUGUUAACGCGAAGGAAUUCAAAGCUUUUAGUAGAUAACACUUCUUGAAAGCUGGUUAUACUUUUUACGUACGUCAAACGUAACGCGAAACGUAGUUCGAUUUCUCUGACGAGGGUGGAAGAAUCGACGAGAUUCCAGCUACGAGCAUACAAAAGUUCCUUCCUUGUAAAUACUCGUUUCUAUAUUUUUUCUAUGGUAGCGCCACCAACGAAAACGCGAAUCAAGAGAGAAAGAAAGAAAGAAAGAAAGAAAGAAAGAAAAAA